CUGCCUAUGUAUAGACUGACCCUCAUGUCGGUUUUCUUUCACUUGACUACGAACCACCGUUCAUCGAGGAUGAUCCAAAACAGCGCGCUUGUCACCGCGGCCGUUCUGAUCCUGGCCUACGCGACUCACGCGGAAGUCGUGCAAUGGACUUCGUGUCCCACUCCUGAAAAUGGCGCAGUUUCAAGUUGCGUCAUACACGAGGUGAACGUGGAUCCCUGCAACGAGGCUGUGCAGAGAAAGCCCUGUGCCUUGAAGAGGGGUCGCAAUGCGAGUAUCAGCUUCGACUACACCGCCGACUUCACUGGCGACACGUUGUCCAGUAGAGCAUACUGGGCCUCUGAAAUCAUGGAUUUGCCAUUCCUGGGCAUGCCACUCGACGCCUGUACGUCUACUGUUUGUCCAGUCGUGCCCGGCCAAAGACAACAAUACUCAGUAUUAUUGCCAAUCUCGAAAAAGUUUCCCGCGCGAACAUACGAUCUAAAGUGGAAGUUGUGGAACGCGGAGGAGCAAGAAUGCUGUUUCAUGUUUGCUAUUAAAUUAGUGAAAUGAAAUUAUUCUUAAAUCCAGCACGUCAUUCAUCGCGAUGAUUAUAAUUUGCUGAUCGAUAAUUUAACAAAAUAAACGAUGUAUUCAUAACAAUAA